AAUAACAUUAUGAAAUAAAUCUUUUUCUUAGCGUACUACCGGCAAAACUCAUUCAUUACAUUUCUUAUUCAUAAAACAGCGAUUUAUAAUUUAAGUAUUAUAUUAUAUUAUAGUUAAGCAUUACUAAUGGCUUCCAGAAAGUUUAAAUAUCAACAGCGUGAAGACAGUAGUUCGACUGACCAUUGUUGUGUCCCGUUAUGUGUGGCCUCCUCAAAGUUCAACUCUGUACUGAGUUUCCACACUUUUCCUGUGGACGAAGAAACACGCAGAAAGUGGAUUCACAGCAUUCAACGUGAGCGAUUUAACAUCACAUCUCAUACAAGGGUCUGCAGUCGUCACUUUAUAAGUGAUGACCUGAUCGAGCCAUCGACCCCUAAAGGGCGCCGCUUGCUGAGGAAGGGAGCUGUACCAACCUUAUUCCAGUGGAACGGCUACUCCGUUGCUGAACCAAGGCGCACCGGGGUAUGGCAAAGAAGGGAGGUUUACACUCCAGUGGAUGAGGAUCCUGUGCCAAUGGAUGUCCAGCAUCUGGAACAUGAUUAUUGUUCAGUUCCAGAACCCGCGGCAGUUGAUAAUGCACUGAAUCAAACUGAGGAUCUCCGUAAAGAGGUGGACCGACUAAGGAGACAGGUGGAGGAGUUGUCGGUUAGUCAAAGGUUUUGUUUGGGGCAAUUUGCUGCUUCUGAUGAUGAUGUAAGGUUCUACACUAGGUAG